UUACCACUCUGUUAAAUACCCAUUUGGGUAUCAGCCUUCAGGCAUUUUUAAACCCAAUUUCUUUUUAAGUUGAAUUUUUUGUUAAAAUUUGUCCGAAAAGACCAGAGGUGUUAAAUAACCUCACCAGGAUGCAAAUACUGUGAAAUUAUAUUGACAUUACUUCAAUUGGCUCUAUAUAACAGUACUCUGCUUCUUCCUGCACUGCAACAGGGAGUUGCUGAGCUGGGGAGGUGUGGGGUGGAAGUUGUCUGUGAGUCAGGGAUAUGUGUGCUGCCAGCAAAGGAUUUCAGCAGUGGAACAAUCAGGGCUGUUUUGAGAGUACUGGGCAUAGCAUUUUCCUUCCUCCUCACCUUCUGAGUUUGUUGCACGUCAUUAUAAUCCCCAGAGAGAAAACUGAGUGGAACUUCACUGCUUUCCUCUCCUGUCUGUCUCUGUCUGUUGCCUGAGGCAGAUACUCAGAGGUGCCAUUGCAUCCUGUGAUUCUGACUCUCCUCUUUCUUUUCACACUUGGCUCCUGUAAGAGCAUUUAGUUUUCUACAGGAAGCAGAUUUUAUCUUCCUCCCUCUUCUCAGGUCAUCUAUAAUUUUAAAAUCUUCCUUGGCAUGCUUUUCACUGCCAAUCUGUGGUAUCUUCCUGCUCCUGCACAUCUCUCCCACGCCUCUCAGCAGUGCCAUGCAAACACCACCACAUCCUGUUCCACCCAAGAGACCAGGCAACUCUAAUCCUUGUCACACAGCCAAACUACUUCUUCUUGUAAUUGCAGGAGAGUUGCACAUUCCAGCGGUGUCUCAGUUGCAUCCUCCAAUCUCACACUCUUCUCCAUGUGAGGAAGGGAUUUUCUGCCUAAAAGUGGAGAACAAGUCACCCAUAGGCAGCUCUGCAAGAUGCAGAUCCACUUGCCUUUUUCCCUCCCCACUUCAUGAUUAGUUCUGUCUUUGGUUCAUCCUCCAGACAGGCCAAAGUCUCUCAGUUUUGAUAUCCCUGUGCUGUGCUAACCUCCAAAUACUCAAUUUGCAUUACUGUAUCCCUCAGCCCUGGCUCCCCCCAAAACCAGAGUCUUGGGCCUCUGGAGCAGACAGUAUGAAAAGUGUCAGCAUUUGAUUAGAGAACUGAAAUAAGAAGUCAUAAAUAUACUUGCUGUCUAAAGCAGGAUUGUCAACAACAUGACCUGGGAUUCAAGCAAUCUGUAUGCAAUUUGAUCUCUUUAAACCCUGUGCCUGAGGAUCAGAUAGGUAACUUUCCUUCUCUAUUGUUCAUCUGUUCUUCCAACACUUGCCCCAGAAAAAUAACACAAAUGGCUUUUCUGCAUUUUCCCUGCAAGUUAAUAGGAAUAAACUACCAUAUCCUCCAGAAUCCACAGAUCUGGGAUAAGUUUUGUAGUGGAUUAUGCAAUUGGGCAAAUUGGAGGCGAUGGACAAGGCAAUUCCUGGCAGAACUGGUGAGAAACCUGCUGAGGGUUAUUGUUUUUAUGUCAUUACACUGAAAGGCCUCAGGCAGCACAAGAGAUGAUGCACUAUUCUCCAUUGACUCACUCCCACCAAGGUAUACUACAUGGAGCAGAGGCAUUUUUCUUAUUCUGCUCUUCCAGAUUGCUAUCACAGGAGCCCUUUCCAUGUGCCACAACAGCUUCCUCUGAUAAGCCCUGGCAUUAAGACUUGGCUUCUUUCCUACAAACUUGUCCAUAACCAUCCCACCACAGUGGCACAAUCAGGAUUCAUUUUAGAAUCUGCAAUGGCAAGACAAGUUCAUCAGAAGAGCCCCUUUUCCUUGGUGAGGAGAGCCAACAUUCACCCACCCUGAGGAGUACUGAGUAGGAGCUUGCAUCUCCACUGCUGUGUUUCCCCACCUUCCUGGAUUCUUCUAGCAUGUUCCACCUCUGCUAGGACCAUGAGGAACAGGAGCUGAUGGGGUUGAGCUGCACAUCCACACUGCCUCAUCCACACUGUAGAUUCAUGGAGAGCUGCCUGGAUCUGACAUUGUGACAGGAGGUGCCUUCUGAAAUGGCAGCAUCUGCUUCUCUAGACGCAGUGGACUCAACUGACCCCAGAAGAUUCUUCACCUCUGACCUGGGGCUGCACAAUAAGUUGAUGUGUGACCAGAAGAGUCAUGAACUUCCUCCUGAAGGUUAGAGAGGGGAGGGACCUCUGAGUUGUUCCCAGCCCAGAGUGCCACUGACAGAACAGCCAAGGGAGGAAAGAAGAGAGUGGAACAAAAAUGGCAGAAAACGUCCUCUAUGCUGACUUGAACUUACCUGAACCAACGAGACCCAGAAUCCUGACGGUCUCAGAUGUCCAAGGCUCAAGUUGUACCUAUGCAGAAGUGAAAGUGAAAUCCCAAGAGACAAAUGCUGCAGCAAACUGCAAAUCAUCAGGUAAAAGCCGUUGUUCCAGAAAACAUGCUGCUAUAUUGGUGGUGAUAAUCCUCGUACUGGUCCUGGCAGUAUAUUUAAUAAUCACAUAUGGUCCAACUGCAGGCAGCCAAGAGGACUCAACAAGAACCAUCCCUGAAGAGGCACUAGGCUGCCACCCACGAUGGGAGAAACAUGGGAGAAAUUGCUACUUCUUUUCUCCAGAGGCAAAACCAAAGAGCUGGAAUGCCUCUCGUGCAGAAUGCACUGCUAUGGGCUCAGACCUGGUGGUCAUUGACAGCAGGGAAGAGCUGAGCUACCUUCACUCCCAAUCAAGAUAUAACUACUACUUACUUGGGCUCACACGCCCUGAAGAGGGGCAGAAGUGGAAGUGGAUCAACAACGUGGAACUCAACCCAGCCAUGUUUAAUCUAAAUGGAUCUUACCGGGACUAUCACUGCACAGCCAUUGGAUUUGGUGAAGUACAUACUGCACCUUGUGAUGGAUCCCAAACAACACAAAAUAUGUGUGAAAAAGCUGCAACAAUUCCAUAAAGGCAUCAGAAGGAGAGCUAAAUAAAGAGGUGCGGGCUGAUAUGUUAUGCUCAGCUUCCUGUAGGA